AUGGCAACACCCCGGGUCUUCAUCAUUCGGCACGGUGAAACGGAAUGGUCACUCGAUGGUCGUCACACGGGAUCGACCGACAUUCCGCUGACAGCGAAUGGAGAGAAGCGCGUCAAGGCAACGGGAAAAGCGCUUAUAGGUGCUGACCGCCUCAUUGUCCCCAAGAAGCUGGCUCAUGUAUACGUAUCUCCCCGCAAAAGAGCCCAGCGCACCUUUGAGCUUCUAAGCCUAGGUUUCCAAGGUCCAUUGCCAUGGGGGCAUCAUGGCGAAUGCGAGUCCAAGGCUGUUCCCUGUGAUGCCAAGGUUGAAGUUACCGAGGACAUCCGGGAGUGGGAUUAUGGUGACUACGAGGGUAUCACUAGCCCACAGAUUAGGGAGAAGAGGAAAGAGCAGGGCCUCGAUCCUAAGUGGGAUAUUUGGACCGAUGGAUGUCCUGGAGGAGAGAGCCCCGCAGAGGUCAAUGAGCGCUGCGACCGUCUCAUCAAAGACAUUCGUGAGAGGUUUCACGCUCCCGCUCUGAACAGGGCCAAGGGAGAUCCCGAUGCAGAUUGUGCGGAUGUGUUGAUUGUUGCCCAUGGACACAUCCUUCGAGCCUUUGCGCAGCGAUGGACUGGGUUGUCUUUGCAUGAGGGACCUUCGUUUUUGCUCGAAGCUGGCGGUGUCGGCACUUUGAGCUAUGAGCAUCACAAUAUUAAAGAACCUGCCAUCCUUUUGGGCAGUGCUUUCCAUGUUAAUUUUGAGGAUGAUGAGAAACUGGAAAAGCUGGAAAAGGUCUAA